GACAUCUCUCUUUGGUUUCUUUAUAUAUCUCCGUUAAAUAGUAGUUAUUACAUGUGAAAAAAAUGUUACAGUUCGAUUUUUCUUAUCAUAUUGAAUUAAUUAAGGUAAAGCAAUAGUCUUUCUUUUAUUCCUACAAAAUGUCCAUAAUUAAAUACACAUGAAUAAUAUACUUCUUUAUUAUUACUAUGAGAAGAAAUAGAUUUGAAGUCAAAAAUUUUCGAUUUUGCCAUAUUGAUCGUAUCUAAAACCAAUGUAGGACAAUGCCUCACACACCCUUCUACAUCCACUAAAAAGUGAAAUGACUAUGAGAUCUCAAAAAUCGUUGUUUUCAAAAUCAACAGAAGUUUUUGUUUUGCAUAUUACCAGAAGACACUCUUAAGUACAUGUAUGCAUAAAAGACAAAAUAAUUGAUUUUUAAACUCAGAACGUAGGGGAGAGGAACGUAACCUUAAUAUAUAUUCCAUAUAUUUUAUAGGUUAAUUACACGUAGUGAAUACCAAGAUCUAUCAGACUAUCGACGAGAAUCUAAAUAUAAUUCGAAAUUAUUUUUACCAACAAUUUCAGAGGAAUUUCGAAAGCGUGUUGAUAAAUACAAUUCAAUAGUUAAAGAUGUAUAUGGAUGUUAUAUAGAAAAUGUAACAAAAUAUUUACGUUCAUUAAAUAAUGAACAAGAAGAAAUUUUGCCUUUUUCGAAUAUAUCAUUUUCUCAAAAACCUGAUUAUGAUAAUGGAACAUUUGAAUAUAAUCUUCAUUAUCAUGAAUCACAACAAAUAAAGAAUCCAUCAAUAUCACCAUUUGCUGGCCUAUCAGGUCUUACACAUGAACAACUUAUGUCAAAUUAUAAUUCAAUUAUUAGUUCAUGGGAUCUUGUUUAUGAUCUUGAUUUAUCACCAAAAGUUGUUCCAUUUGUUGAUAUUGAUUGUCGUGAUCAUACGAAUACAUCAUAUCAUUUGAACAGUUAUGCAUUAGAGUUUUUUAAACAAGGUUCCGAAGCAUCAUUAAUUAAUGAAAAUGGUUUAAGUCCCGGUGAUACAUAUAGUCUUUUACUGGAUCUUCAUCUUGUACUUUCGUCUGUUAAAACAUCAUUAGAAGUAAUUAUAAAUAAUGAACAAAAACAGACUACAAACAAUGAUUUAGCAAUAUUUGAGCAAUUGUAUAAAACAUUAUCAAAUGUACAAAAUAUUUUUUCAAGAAACUUUCAAAGACAAUAUCCAAGUCGAAAUCAAAUGUAA